UCCUGAAUUUAUCUUGCAGGUAUUUGAAAACAGAAACAUAAAGUACUUGUGACAUGGCUCGAGAGUGCUCUAAAGAAGUGCAUAAGAUAUCAAGGGUAGAGGUCAAAGACUAAAACAGAGAAAGCUUCUAAUAACUGUGUGUACUUACAAUUAAAUGCAUUUAUUUGCAUUUAAGCCAAACUGGAAAAAAAUCUUUUCUGUUUCAUGUGGGCAAAACCGGUGCCAUAGUCACCUGAGGGAGAGCAACUGGCUCUGGCUUACUGAGCAAACAGAGCAAAUAGAUUGAAAGAAAUUCGGCUCUUGAUCUCAGAAACCCAGAAAGCGUGCAUGUGCAUUUGUGCCUGGUUCAGCGUGUGCCUCGGUGCGUCCCGGAGAGGAGCAGCCCCAGGCAGCAGUUGAUUUCCCGCCAUCGGCAGCUGACCUCCUCCUUCCUCACACAUCAGAACCCCGGGCUGCCUCUGGAAUGCUAUUGAUCCGCGGCAUUAGUCAGCAGCCUUUUCCCAUUGAAGGCCGGCCGUUUUCCAGCUUCUUACACGUAAUUCUGAUCCCAGCCUUUCACGUAGCACACACUCCCCACCUGCUCAUCUGGGAGAAGGUCAUUAUCCCCAGGCUAUUCACUGGCAAUGGAGCAUGCAAGAAUAGAUGCUUCUCCUAUUGUGCUGCCUAUCUCCCGGAUUGGCUGUGGAGUGUGGGAAACUCCACCAAGCUGGAGACCCACAGACUCUCAGCGAGGCUGUACAGUAUAAAUAUCAGGCAGAGGCAGCUUCCAGCAACACGUUUCUCCUGGACUUCCACUCUGAGACCUUCCUUCCCCAGGACAGAUGGCUCCCAGCACUGUGUUCAUGGAGCCCGACAACCUGCUGUCACCAAAGGAGAAAAACAAACUGAGGAAGCCGGUGGUGGAGAAAAUGCGCCGCGACCGGAUUAACAGCAGCAUCGAGCAGCUGAAACUGCUGCUGGAGAAGGAGUUUCAGAGACACCAGCCCAACUCCAAGCUGGAGAAAGCUGACAUCCUGGAGAUGACUGUCAACUACCUGAAGCAGCAGAGCCAGCUGCAGAUGAAAAUUGCUGGAUCCUUCCACAAAAGUUCUCAGUUUGACUUCAGAGAGGGCUAUUCUAGGUGUUUGCAAGAAGCUUUUAAUUUCCUCUCUCUUCAUAAAGUCCGAACUGAAACACAGACCAAACUUUUAAGCCACUUCCAGAAGAGCCAGUCACCUGCCAUGGAGGUCAUCUAUUCCCCGGGGAGCCCCAGCACCCUGAAACAAGCAUCUCCGAAAGUCACCAGCACUCUCUGGAGGCCUUGGUAGUCAGAGGGGUCCUUCCUUCACGGACCUUUGCCUUUCCCAGUCCAGAGGAAGGGUCUGACUGCAUCUGGUAGUCCAGCUCUGAUCCUCUUUGCUGUAGGAAAUUUUAUUUCCCCAUGUAUUUUAUUUAUGUGUGAAAAGAAUGGCAUGCUUUUGACUUUUAUGGGAUCCUUUGGCAAAAGUUUAGGCAUUCUGUUGAGUGGUAUGGAAGCUGUGUGGUAACAGCACGCUGCCCAGUCAGGGGGCGAGUGGCUUCAAAAUGAAGGAGGGUGUUUUUGUAAAGGUUACUGUUGUGACAGGAAUUGCUGUAGGAGAGGUUUCUCUAACAUUGCUGGUAAGAGCUAUCAGCUUUGCUCUGGCUUGACUAGCAACUCCUGUCUGCUUAGUCACCCCAGAGGAUAAAUUUACUGCCCUUUGGUCUGUUCACACUUGAUUAAAAUCAGUGUCCCUCUGUUUGCUUGUAACUUAUACAGCAUCAGAUCUGGGUUUGGUUUUGUUUUGGAAUUUUCCCCAGUCACCCUUUCAUAGUCCUAGUAUAUAAAGUGUGACGGAUGAACAGAAGCUAGGAAACUAUGUGGAAUAUUUCUACUAUUUUGCUGCUUUUUUCAAUUUAGAAAAAGGGUAUGCUACUGCUUUAUGUUAAAGAAAAGGUAGUGGGUAAAAGGAUUGGUCAAUGUUAUACAUUUUGGGUGUAAGUUAUGCUUUUUCUAGCAUUUUCAUUAUAAUAAUGAUUUUUGUCUGUAUUGACUGGUUUAAUUCAUGGUGGAUAGUGUUUUUCCCACUGCUGGGACAGCCGUAUGGCUUAGUGCAUACUGUGUAUGCAUCUCUGUGUUUGUAGAGAGCAAUAAAAUGCAUUUGU